AUACCUUGUUGGUUAGUCAGCUGAAAUACAUCAUUAAAGUCAGCCACCAGAAAAAAAGCCCUAAGUCACAAACCUGUUAAAUCCAGAAAGUCUGGCCUUUAAGACACAUGCUAAUGAUCAAAAAAAAAAAAAAAAGGAUUAUUGUAAUAUAGCACUGUUCCAUAAAAGCAACAGCAAAGGUAUGUGUGAUACAGGUUUCACUCAUGCAUGAAUCUUUUUAACACCUCCCCACCAGUCGGUGUUUCCGUUUGUGAGUUUUGAGGCUGAGUACAGAAGGUGUUGAGGGGGCUCUACAUGCCAGACUGUUCAUCCUUUCCCUGCAACCAUGAAACACGCAAUUGCCGUCACUUAUGUCCUUCUGCUCAUCAACUUCAGUGGGGCAACUGAGCAUGGUAUAACAGGUGGCAAAGUGGCAAAACCGCAUUCCAGACCCUACAUGGCAUCACUCCAGAUUCAAGGACAGCAUAUAUGUGGUGGGAUGCUUAUCCGGAAGGAUUAUGUUCUAACCGCAGCACACUGCAAAAAUUGUUCCCAAGACAUUACAGUCGUCCUUGGGGCACAUAACAUCAGCAAGAAGGAGAGAAGCCAACAAAGGAUUAAUGUGAAGAAGUACCAUGUACAUCCGGAAUUUAAAGCCGGCCAAUACGAGUAUGACAUUAUGCUCCUUCAGUUGGAAAAAAAUGCCAAAGUCAACGACAAUGUAGCGACAAUUGAUUUAGCAACAAAAAACGAGGACAUUCCUGCCAACACAAAUUGUGAAGUGGCCGGCUGGGGAAGAACUGGACCAAACCAAACCAUUUCAGAUGUUCUGAUGGAGACCACAGAGAGUAUCCAAUUCAGCUUUGAGUGCAAACAUAUCUGGAAAAAGUAUUUCAAUUCCACACAUAUGAUCUGCACCAAGUUUAACAAAAAGACGGGAGGAAUAUGUCAGGGAGAUUCUGGGGGACCUCUCAUUUGCGACUCCAAGGCUCAAGGAAUAACAGCUUUUACUUUUGCAAACGAAUGUGAUGACCCAAAGCAUCCACAUGUUUUCACUAAAGUUCGUUCCUUUCUCCAGUGGAUGAAAAAGGUGAUGAAAGACUGA